AUAUAUUUCUUAUUGAAAUGAUACGCUUAAAACACUAGAUGUACGUUAAUAGCAGGAACAAUAGGAAAAUGUCAUUAAAGGGUCAGAGGAGCACAAAAGACCGGGAGCGGAAUUCAAAUUCAAUGAAAAUGAUGUUAUAAAUAUGUACUUGAGAUAUUGAAAAUGAAUAGCAUUUUAAAAAUGUGGUGUUUGUCUUGAUUCUACGGGAGGAAAUGGUUUCAAACAUUCAUAGAACUGUUUCAAUGAUUUUCCUUAGGCUGAUAGUUAUUUUAUAGAAAUAAAGAGGGAGAUUUUAAACGCGCUUUUAACUUCAAUAGAAAUUGUGUGAAAAUGUUUGAAUGUUAAUGCGUGGAAGGAAUCUAAAUAAAUCGUUUAAAAAGAAAAAGGAAAGUACUAAAUAUGGAGGGUGAAAAAAUUGAAGCAGAUGCUAAAUCUAAUCAGUUCGAUAUAUGGGGCCUUAUCAGGCGGGCGAACACAACGGACCCGUACAUACUUAUGGCAAAACAUCGUAUGAACAAAAGCCCUUCAAAACGAGCAAAAACCACCGGUAAAUUGGUAGGCCGACGGCGUCGUCGGGUGUCGACGGCGGAAAGCGUUGAUGGAGAUUCGAACAGAAGCGUGACCAGCCUUGACAUGUAUGAUGAAGGGCCAGGAGAUGACUUUGACUUUGAUGCGGAGGAAGAGGUUCACGAUUCACGCUCACCAAUGGAGCACUGCCAAGAUAUGUACAACAAGGCAUGCAAAGAGUUUGGCGUCCACCCAGUUGCAAAUUUUCACAACGCCCUGAAAACAGACAAGUGCGUGUUACGUCAUAGACAGAUGACAGCAGACGAGAUAAAAGCAAUAGCAGUUGCGUUAGUU